AUGAAUUACUGGUCAGGAAUGUUUAAUUUUUUAUCAUUAGAAUCACCUAUCGAUACAAUAUUAAAAGAAGAAGGGUGUACAUUAGAAAAGUUACUUGACAUUGAAGAUUUUAUUCAAGAAAUACGUACAAAUGAAGAAUUAAUUAAUUUUUGUUGUAAAAAGAAUAAUUUAAAAAAAAUUGUUCAAUAUGCAUUAGGAGAUAUACCAAAAGGAUCUACAUUUGAAAAUACACAAAAAUAUGGAAGUGUUUGUGCAUCAUUAUUUGGAGAUGAACCAACACGAUUAGUUGAAUCAAUAGGAAAAUCAGAAAAAUUGAUAAAUUAUUUAUUUAAUACAAUAAUGAAAGAAGAAAUAACAAAAAUAAGAGCUGCAUCACAAAUAUUAUUAUCAAUAUAUAAAGAUACUACUUCAAUAAUGUUUGAUAUGUUAAUUAAUAAUGAAGAAGUAUUAGAAAAAAUGAUCAAUCAUCCAGAGAUAGAUGGAUUAAUUGAUAAUAUAUUAGAAUUAAUGAAAUUAGAAGACUCAGGAAAAACAGGAUAUAUUGAAAAGAUAUGUAACCAUCAAUUUAUUAAUAAAAUUAUGACAAUAUUUAUGACUACACAAUCAAUUAGUGCUAUUGAAAAUAUAUCAAUGUUUAUUCAUUCUAUUGUAUUAUGGAAAGUUUCUAAUACUGAUUCUGAUACUAUUGAAUUUAUUAAUAGGUUCAAUAAUGAAGUUCUUCUUCAACAAUUUAUUGAUUUUAUAUUUAAUUCUCAAGAUGAUUUCAUUGUUUCUCAAGCAUUUCAUAUUGUAAGUAAUAUUCUCGCUUGUUCUACUAUUUUAACUUAUAAUGAUGAAACUCAUUUACCUGGUAUUUUUAAUGCAUUACUUCCUCAUGUUAAAGACUUUGAAAAUAUUAUGAAAUCAAGAAGAGUUGGAGGUGUUACUAACAAUUUAAUUUAUAUUAUUUUAUCAUUGGUAUUAAGUGGAUUUCAACAUGUUUAUGAUGUCAUUGCUAAUGAAAAUGUAUUAGGAGCAAUGAUGGAUGUAUUUUAUGGUGAUCAUUUAUGUACUGUAGUAAGACAAACUAUUCAAAUGACUGUAUUGUCUAUAUUGAAUAGUAGUGUUGAGAAAUUAAAAUUAAAAUUAAUUGAUGAUGGUAAAUUACUUGAUGUAAUGAAACAGAAAGACAUAGAUGCAAUUGAAAUGAAAAAGAAUAAAAAUAUUGCACCAGACUAUUGGUUAAUUGGUUCUCUUUUAAUGGUUGCACUUGUUAAUAGUGUAGAAGGUAGAGAUGAUGAAAAUACUGUGAAACAAAUAGUUAUGGGAAAUAAAGAUUUUAUUGAUUAUGUUCAUUCCAUUGUUAUGGAAAGAGAAACAGAAAAAUCUGAAUACUUCAGUAAACCAACAAACGAUGAUUUUUCUGAUGAGUUUGAAGAUGAUGAUGACGACGACUAUUUUGAUGAUUCAAAUGAAGAAGAUGAAGAAGACCCUGAAAAUGAAGAUGAUUUUGAUGAUCAAGAAGAUGAUUUUAAAUUAAGUUCAUCAUCAGAAGAUGAUGGCGAAGAAGAAGAUGAAGAUCCUGAAGAUGAAGAAAAGUAA